AUUACCUUCAAAUAACUGAUCAUUAAUUUCAAUCAUUACAGCCCUGAGCUAGAUUUGAACCGGCAAUUUACAACUGGAGGGCUCCAUACACGGUUUCCAAAUGAGAGUAAAAGGAAUGAAUGGGCUGCAGUGAAAUUCAAGAAAAUAAGACCAUGGAGACAUUGAGAUGGCAUGAUAAGUCCCCAGAGCAGUGUUUGAGUGACUUAUGUCAUCACCGGAGACCCCACUAGGGAAUUCAUUAUUUUUACAACUUUAAUAUAUGGAUCUGAGCCUCCAUGCAUUUCCCAAGCACUCAGGCAUGUACUGCAGUGAGCAUCAGACUGAAUGGUAGCUGUUAGUGCAGUUACCGUCAGGAUACUAACAAAGGGAUUUAAAGUCAGUGUGAAUCAGGCCAUUUGGACUGCAUCUCCCAGGGAAUGCAUGGAACUGGAUGUGCUAAAAUAGCCACACUCCAUUACUGCAGUGUCAGGCCAUGGGAAUGUGACUUUCUGAUGCUAGGAUGGUGUAGCUGGAGAUUAGUGGUGGCAAGUUACCAUAGUGGUGAGCCUGGGGGAGGACAGAGGACACACGAUUGUUCUGAUUUCUCUCUUGCCCAUUGUGCUCCUGAUGUGGAGAGGGACUAAGGUAUUUAGGCUCCUGACUCCCAUUGAUUUCAAUGGAAGUUAGGAGCCUAAAUAUCUUUGUGGAUCUGGCCCGAAGUGCGCUCACGUCCGCUGGAGCUCAAUGUGAGUUGAAAGUGCCAACCAACACCACAUGGGAUCGGGUGCCGACCUACCAAACGCUCUUUGUCAAAUCAGCAGGUGGGUUCUACCACCCUGGCGGGCUUGUACUUGAUGGCAGCGUGAGAAAUUAGCCUUGACAACCAUCAGUCGCUGAGGGAUUUUCCAACACCAGACAGUGGCACUAAUCAAUUAGAGUGCAGUUUACAAAAUGAGCAUGUAGAAAGCAUUGGGUUAUUUUAGGAAAUUAUAAGGGCCAGAUUCUCAUUUAUCCUGAGGCUCCUUUACGCUGCAACAGUGGUGUAAAGGGACCUUAGUGAAAAUGAGAUGACCUCCUAAGUCGUUUAGAAUACAUGUCUGUAAGUGAAGCAUUUAUGCCCAGAUCCUCAAAUUUAUUGAGUUUCCUAAAAUAGCUAAUUUAUUUAGGUGCCUAGCUCCCAUUGAUUUCAGUGAGAGUUCCUUUGAGAAUCUGGGCCUUGGAGAGUAAUAUGUAGGCUCACCUCUUUGAGGAGUACAGGACUCCCCAAUAAUAAUAAUAAAUGCUUAGCUGUUAUUGAUAAAAGUAACUUUCAAAGGUAAGUUUAUGAUGCACAUAGAAAACCUGGAAGGUUUAUCAUUAUUAUUAUUAUCAUUAAUGUUUAAAUUGGGGAAUGUUCUAUUUAUCUGUUUUUUGUUUGUUUGUUUGUUAGUUUAAACCUUGUUUCUUUUUCUGGAAGACUCUAUGGAUGACUGGAAAGCUAAUAGAAUUGUGAAAUCACAAGUUCCAAGGAAGCGAUUGGAAGCAGAGAGAGAUUUGCUACAUGCACGUUGGGGUUUUUUGUUGUGUUUUGUUGAACUCAACUUUCUGACAAACAGGGGCAAGAUAAAAGAUUUAGCACCCCAGCCCCUUCAGGAAGACAAUAAGAGCUUUCACACCAGUUCUCUAGUCCCUCAAGGAGACCUCCAGCCAUGCACUUGUGAAGUCACCAGCAUACUAGUUCCCUAAUCAUCCAUAGAGUCUUCUGGGAAAACAUGGUAAAAAAACACACACACACCCCCAAACCCUGAAUUUAUAGUAUUUAAAAAAUAAAACAGAGCCAAAUUCUCCCUUCCCCCAUAACAUUUUUUAAACCAAAACUUUAAAGCUUUUUUUAUCACAGCAAAAUGAAAAAGGCCCAAACCUGAUUUCUUUGUCCUUUGCAGAUCACUUUUAAUUGGUGUUAUGGGCAUGAGCCAAAGGCAUUACAUACUCUUUGUCUGUCUCCUGGGUUGUGUCUGCCCUGAUUCCCUGAGCCUGAGCUGUGACUCUUGCGCUGUCCUCAUCUGGCAAAAUGAUGCAGACAGAGGCCUUGUUUUUUGAGUGCUUUUGUGAAAGGGGGCGUUUAGACUGUGACCCCACGUUACAACUCAUGCACGUUUCAGCACCCUCCCUUGCAUCUAGCCAGGAAAGGGAGGUUGGUCGCAACCCACCCGGCCCUGUUUGUGUCCCCCUGGGCAUCAUGUUGCCCAGUCUGAGAAUCUACAUUGCAGAACCAGAUUUUGCUGGAGAUGAGGGGGGAUAGAGGGGCAGUUUGAGAUUAGAUCUUUAUAUAUCCCUGCUGGAGCUCAGAAAAAUGAAUUCUAAACUAACCCCUCUGAUUUCCAGAAAGGAAACCAUCACUUAAGCUGCGCAGACCUCCAUCACUUGCACCAGCUUAGGUGCCUUUAACUAGAACUCCCUUGGCUUUGAUGGAGCUGAGGUCGGUCUCUGCGUACCAGCUAGCCAGCUACUGCCUGUAAUAGUUGACUCCAACCUGAGCUGUGGCCCUGCUAACUUUAACUUGCCACACGUGGCAGCGAAAUGAAAUCCGCUCAGUUCUGUAAGUUUCCAUGGCCAACAGGUCUCCCGUGCACCCCUGUAAACGUUCAACGCCCUGCUGUAUCCUUGGGACUGUAGGUCUGAUUCCUUGCUGGAGAACCCCUGACAUUCCCCAUGUGAAUUAACAUUCCUGGGCAAAAGAGAAUUUCUUUCCGGUGGGGGCAGGACAAAACACACCCAGCGGGAGAGGCUGUGAAAGGGAGGGAGUGCGCUGUGUGCACCAGUGGUCAUGAGCGUAGCUGUGGGGUUAGCUGGAAGGCUGGCUUUGAUGUGGGGUCAUUUUGCCACAGCUGGAUGGAGGGGGAUGUCUUUCUCAUCCAGUUAGCAGCCCCUGCAUCAAAGGGCUCCCUGGUGAAUGGUAUCAAAUUGCACUUAAGCAUUAGCACAUUAAGAGCUUUUGAAAUGACAGCAGCAGUGUCUGGGCUGCCUACGGCCCUGGUGCCUCAUGGGCUGCAUCCCCCCUUGUCAUGCAGGGCAACUAAAUAAUCCGUUUUGUUUUCAGGGGAGGGAGGGGGAUGGAAGCCCUGGGGCAGGGAAGGCCGAGGAAGGCUGGGGUUUAGGGCUGCCAGCUGUCUGGAUCUCACCAGGAAGGUUUCAGACUUCAUCCCUGAUCAAAAACAUGGCAGAAAAGCUGAGAGAUCCCGCUUGGCCAUGUAGCUAAAACCCUUCAAUUCCCAGCACACGGGAGCUCCGUGCUCCAAAUCCAGCGCAGAGGGAGAACUCUGUGAUCGGCACAUGAAAGGAGAGAACAGGGCAGAGAGCACUGGGAAUAGCUCUGGUGGGAGGAGAUGAGGGGGAGUUUGGCCCAGAUGGCCUUAUGGAGGCUUAUUCUCAAUCUGCCACUUGAACUGAAGUGAUGACAGUGCUUAGCACAGCCCCGUUGCCUUCCACUGGGCCCUAGGGCUCGCAUUAAAGACAUAUCACCGCACCCCAGUGAGGUGUGUAAGGAGUCACUUCAUCCAGCAUUGAAGUGCAGCCACUUCUGGGGAGGGGGGAGGAAGACAGCAACUGUUUAACAGUCCACAUCAACACUGUAUAAUAAUAACAAUCCCUAUCUCUUAGUGCGCUCCAGUCCUAGAUUUCAAAGCACUUUACAAAGGAGGUCAGUAUAAUUGUCACCGUUUUACAGAUGAGGAAACUUGCCCACGGUCACCCAGCAGGCCAGUGGUAGAGCGGGAAUUGGAACCCAGAUCUCCUGCUUUCAAGUUUAGUGCUUGACCAACUAGGGCAGGCAGUGAGGGGAAAGCCUGUAUCCAGGUGAAACGGAAAGAGGGCUGAAUGUUAAAGUGAGCCUGGCACCAGGCUUAAUGGCCCUACUCUUAAGGGAUGUUUGUUUGAUGGCUGCCAGUAGUUAGGCUUUUGACUUUACAGCUCAUCCCACCAUGUGGGACUCUAGCUCCAUGUUGACUCAGCAGGAAGACUGUCACAUCACCUGCAGCGACUACGUACUCCUUGGUGGUCGCCCUUCCAACUCUGUACCCAGCCUGGUCAGCUUGUGAGAUUUAGCAGGAUCGCAUCAGCACAAGAUGGGAGGGCAAAAAAGCUGUCAACCAUUAGAGCAUCUGAGAAAGGGGGCUUCAUAUUAAUUAGAUCCUACUGAUUUGUACCAGUCCAAGCAAUACUCUGCCAAAUGAUCUCACCCUCCCAACUGGCAAUUUAGCACAUGGGUGCAAAUAGGUUUGGCGACGAAUCUCUCCUGCUGGGUUAUAACCCCUUCAUCUGUGACACAAGAGUGAAGCGCUGACACCUGUCCCCUUCUUUGCAGAGGGUAGAGAUGCCUUCUUUGAUCCUGGGGGUCUAGGCACCCUGGGUUAGGGUAGAAGUUGCUCUUAGAAGACUGAAGUCCUGGGUGGUUGUUUUUCUGUUGGUCACAGAUACUAGUGCAAGGUCCUUGGGUUGAAGACCAAGGGUAUAACUCAAGACCAGGUUGGCCAUGUGUCAAGCUCUGCUUCGUUAGCCUGGUAUGCAGAGUCAGCAGAGCUGCUGCCUGGUGGCCUACAGCCCUGACUCCACUCCGGGGGCAGGCAUGAAUCUUGGUUUUAGUGAUGGAAAAUCGGAUACGUUCACUUUUAUACUAGGGGAGAGGAGCGAUCACUGGUAGUAAACAGGACUUUGAGAAAGUCUGAAACCAUCAUUCUAACACUGCUCUGCCCAGUUGGUACCAGCAUGGUGCAUUGGCUGCUUUCUCGCUUGCUUUCUCAGUUCCAGGCGCAUUCCGGGAAUUGCAGAUCAAAUUACCUUUUUCAAACCUUUUAACUCGAGGAAGACAAUAAUCCCCCAAGUACAGGGGAAGGAGGUGAGUAUGGGUUCACCAUCCACCCCCCUGCAUGCCAUAGUGUCCAGCUCCAUGGGGAGCCCUGCACCUUGGUGCAUAGGUAGGCCUAGGGGCAGCAGUGGGGGAGAAGGAGUGAAGGCGGAAGCACUGAUCCACUGGUCUUUGCUGUCUGCGGCAGGUGUUGGGGGUGGCCACUGGUAUGGCAAAGGUUACUGAUUCCAUUGCUGCUCUGUGGGCUGCUCAGGAUUCAACCCCCCCCCCCCCAACUUUGUGGGAUCCCUGCACCAAUCCCACCUAUUUGGGCUUGAGGCAGGAAAUAGGAUUUGCUCCAUCUUUUCUAAUGUUAAACUCUUGCAUCCUUGGAUUGUGUGUUCAUUACAUUCACUCCCCGUUCAUUUCAAGACCCUGUUUUUUAAAAAAUUCCACAAACUUACACUGAGGCUAAUGGGACCAUUCAUGUGAGAAAGGGCUGCAGGAUCGGGACCCUUAUUUCACUCUGCUUUCUUUUCUUCACUCAUCUAGCACUGGCCUCCUUUCUGUCCCUCCCAGGGUGGUGGAAGAGCAUUCUCCUCUGCAGCUCUUGCCACCUGGAACAGCUUCCGUGUCAUGUCUCUCUCCACCUGAUCCACUCUCCAUCUGUUUUCACAUCUUGGCUGAGCACACAGCUUGCGUCCCUUGCUUCUGCACCUUCAUUUCUCUCUCCCUCUGCUAUUCUUUCUUAGCUGUGAAAGGCGCUAUACAGAAUGAGGUUAUAGUGUAUUACUGUAAGGUGACCAGAUGUCCCCAUUUUAUAGGGACAGACCUGAUAUUUGGGGCUUUGUCUUAUAUCGGCGCCUAUUAUCCCCACCCCGCACCCCGAUCCUGACUUUUCACACUUACCUUCUGAUCACCCUAUAUUACUGGCAGGUCGGAUCUGUUUCACUGAGUGAGGGAAUUCAGAUCAGGCUCUCGGGCUAGGAAGCCAAGUCUCUCGGCGUCCCCACUACCAACUUGGCAUCACUUUCUGAUCUGAGCAGAGGUGAACCUUACCCUGAUUUAUAAACCUGGCAGGAAACAAAAUACUUGUAAAAUUGAAAAUGUCAUUCAUCUUUUCCAUCUUCCUGGGACAGUGAGUCAGCAAGGAACAGUCUGUGACUCCUACCGGCCCCCUGUGCAUGGGGCCUUUGUUCAGAACGAGAAAUCAAAUGAUAUCCAGCCCACCCGCUAAUUCAUUGGGCUGAAACACUCUUUAGUGCUUUGUCACAAAUCUAUGUAACUGAGGAGUCUGAACAGCUCGGGGGAUUAGUGAUCCUCUCUCGGAGACCAGCCUGAGUCCAUCCUGAGCUGGGAGUGAUUGAAAGUCAUUCCCAUCACAUGGCUGUUUGGUGGCCAAAUGAGUUUGGUGAGUCUGACUCCAGUUCAGCACAUCUCCGUUACAAAAAACACAGUUCGAAUCGACAGUAACUGGUCUCCUGCUUGGCACUUGUUGCAGAAAAGCCAAGGUCUAAAUGACAAAUGGAAACUGAGCUCCCCUCUCGCUCCCUCCAGGGCAGGCAUUAGGCACGCUGGAGGAAGCUUGCCCUGCCUUCUCCUUUGCUGUUCUUGCAUGAUGCAUGGAGAAAGAGAGGCCUUCAGUCUCCAGGGCUGGCGUGUUGGAAAUGUCCCUCCGGGAGCCCCCCCCUGCCAGUCUGGGGUCCUGGGGGCUCCUGCUCCUGAGCCUUCUCCUUGCCCCGCUUGCCUGCCAGGCUUGCCCAGCCCCCUGCGAGUGUUCGGAACCCGCCCGGACUGUCAAGUGUGUCCUGAAGGAGCUGAAAGCUGUUCCAGCUGAGAUCCCCAGGUACACCCGCAACCUCUUCAUCACCAGCAACCAGAUCGCUCUCAUCAGCAGCCAGGACUUCCAGGGGCUGCCCAACCUGGUCACGCUCUCCCUGGCCAACAACAGGAUCAGCGCUGUGGAGUCCCAGGCCUUCUCUGCCCUCCCCAGCCUGCGUUACCUGGACUUGAGCAAUAACCGCUUGGCUACCAUCCAUCCUGACGCUUUCAGCUCCAGGAACAACUCCAUCCGGGAGCUGAACCUGAGCCGCUCGUUCUACAACUCCUCCGCCAUCCGGCCCGUGGCAGCUGCCAUAGUCCAGGGCGGCUUCCGGAGCCUCUCCAAGCUGGAGCUGACCAACAAUGAGAUAGUCUACCUGCCGCUGGGCAUGUUCUCCAGCCUCCGCAGCCUCCGGCACCUGGACUUGAGGAACAACUCCCUGGUGGACAUCAAGAACUCCACCUUUGCUGGCCUCCACCUCGAGCACCUCGACUUGACCUUGAACGCCCUCAAGACCCUGCGGAUCGAGGCGCUGGCUGAGCUGGGGAGGCAGCUGCGCCUUCGCCUCUUCCUGAGGGACAAUCCUUUCGUGUGCAACUGCGACAUCGAGGACCUGGUGAGCUGGCUGAAUCAGAGCCAGCAGGUGGCCGACAUGGAGAAACUGGUCUGUGUCUUCCCCCGGCACCUCCAGAACACAUCCCUGUUGGACCUGGCCGGGGCAGAGCUGGGCUGCCACUCCAGCCAGCACAGCAAGAACACUCUGCAGACCUCCUACGUCUUCCUGGGCAUCGUUCUGGGCAUCAUCGGCACGGUCUUCCUCUUCGUGCUGUACCUGAACCGCAGGGGCAUCAAGACGUGGGUGAACAGCACGCGGGACGCCUGCCGCGACUUCAUGGAGGAGUAUCGCUAUCGUUACGAGAUCGACUCCGACCCCCGCGUCACCCAGGUCGCCACCUUGGACAUAUGACCACGUUUCUCUCGGGAGCCCACGUGGGGCUCUUUGGAUGGCUGUGUGAGCUUCCAGGGGUGGCCUGGUGCUGCCCAUCUCCAGAACCAAUUCAUCUGCUCGGUGAUGAGCUGCGACGCUCCUUGUGACGGAGUUAGAACGUUUUUCUUCUCCUGUCUGAGGGACCUUGCUGGGGGGAAGGCGCAGUCUCCCCCUGCAUGGUCUGUCUCUUGCACUGCAUUACCGGCCCUAGGGGAACCCCUCUGGCAGUGGGACUCAGCCUUGGGCAGAUCUCUUUGUGGGCAUUAUAAAGGGGACACAGGAAGGGGAUUUCUGCCUCCCUUUGGCUUCAAGCUUCCAUUUGGGUAUUUUGGGGGUGGAAGGCUCUAUCCAAUGCAGGGAGUUGCUGCAGUGGGAACACAAGAACUGCCCCGCGGGACCAACCCACUGGCUGUUAGCUCGGCAUCCCCCUUCUACAGCAUCAAUGCAAACUUUUGAUAUAAUGCAAUAAUAAACCUUGGUGGUACAUGGGAGAUUCCUUCCUAACCCCAGCUGAAGAUCAGCCUACGCCCUGGAGCAUGUGGAUCGAGAACCCUGGGAAUGGUUAGUUUAGCUCUGAAGCCACUGCUGCCAGUGGAGGGAAUGAGCUGUGAAAACCCAGGGCUGUGUCUCCAAAACGCCUGCUAGGGGGCCCCAGGCCGGCAGUGGCAGGACAGCUGGGAUUUCACAAGUAUCCUGGGAUGAAAGGGCUAGUGUGGUGGACUCUCCUGCUUCUGAGAUGCUGGCUGAAUCCUGGGGACACCAACAAAUCCCUCCUCGCGCAGGCGCCCCACAGGAGCUGGGCCGGGAGGGAG